AUGGGUGUGAGGGGAUUAGGUAGGGUUAGUCUGGGUAAGGUCUGGUCAAAUGGGAUCUUUUUGCAAGAAUUGGAAAUGAAUUGUUUGAUGGGCGAAUAUCUUUUUAACAUUGAUCACGGCUAUUUAGAAGGUUUGGUUCGCGGAUUCAAGGAAGGUAUUUUGACACAAACCGAUUAUGCUAAUCUUGUCCAAUGCGAAACUCUUGAGGAUUUAAAACUUCAUAUUCAGUCGACAGAUUACGGAAGUUUUUUGGCCAACGAACCUGGCUCAAUAACAGUUCAGGUUAUUGAUGAGCGAUUGAAAGAAAAGUUGGUAACGGAAUUUACACAUUUUCGAAACAAUGCCCUGGAGCCAUUGUCCACAUUUCUGGAUUAUAUAACCUACUCAUAUAUGAUUGACAACAUCAUUUUGCUGAUUACGGGUACUUUGCAUCAGCGACCGAUUAAUGAACUUAUUUCAAAAUGUCAUCCUCUUGCAGCAUAUUUUGUUGACUGUAUCAACGAACAGGAUUUGGAUGAAAUGAAUGUGGAAAUAAUACGUAAUACUUUAUAUCGCUCAUAUUUAGAAGACUUCUACAAAUUUUGCAAACAUUUGGGAGGCAAAACAGCGGAAGUUAUGAGUGAAAUUCUCGCGUUCGAGGCGGACCGGCGUGCUAUCAUAAUAACAAUCAACAGUUUUGAUACCGAGUUGUCCAAAGAUGAUCGAGCCAAACUUUACCCACGAUGUGGAAAACUCUAUCCUGAAGGGCUCGCUGGAUUGUCGAAGGCGGAUGAUUAUGAUCAAGUUAAACAAGUUUGUGAAUAUUAUUCAGAUUAUCGUGCGCUUUUUGAGGGAUCUGGUUUACAACCAGGAGAAAAGGCGCUUGAAGACAAGUUCUUAGAAUACGAAGUAAAACUGAACGUUCUGUCAUUUCUGCAUCAGUUCCAUUUCGGUGUAUUCUAUGCAUUCAUUAAGCUUAAAGAGCAAGAAAUGAGAAAUAUCAUUUGGAUCGCAGAAUGCAUAUCUCAGAGGCAUCGAGCUAAGAUUGAUAAUUACAUUCCAAUCUUGUGA